AUGUCUAGCCCUAGUGUGAUCGUCAAGGGGUUGGUACGAGAUAUGGGCAGCUCUACUGGUACGUUCGUGAUGGUGCCGUACGCCAGAGUGGAAGCGGAUGACAUCGAAGAUUUCCAAUGUGAAUUGCCUGCACGCUUGAGGUUGGGAUGGCGCACGGAUGUUUAUAUAUCCACCCGAGUGUGUGACGAGGAUGAGGGCCUGUUGGGCAUCUGCGUUGAGGUCGAGAUCGGGUUUGGAGAAGAUGCUGGGAAAGGUAUGUGGGACAGACUGUUGACCAGUGAAGGUCGAUGA